ACCAAAUCAACUCAAAAUAUAAAAAGAGCAGAAUAAACAAAGGAACUGAAAGGAAACAAACUUCAAAUUUAAAGGCCUUCCCUUAUCUACAGAUUUCUUGAUUCUAUAUCGAUUGAGAAAUUCCCUCUUGGUAGUAAAACACUGAUCAUUAUUAAACAAACAAAAAAAAGCCACUGAUCAGAUUUUGUGAUUAUGGAGACCAAGUUGCCGAUGAGUCAUGAACGAAAAGCGGUUCGGGUGGUGGCUAGGAUCAAGCCAUCAUCAGCAUAUCCGAGUGCAAAAUCUUCAGCAGCUACAUCGGUAUCAGUUCACAAGCCCAACGGAGAUGAAUCUGAGACGGUUUCCAUUUCGUCCGGAGCUCAAUUCGCUGGUUCGAAAGAUUCAUAUAAGUUGGACUACUGCUAUGAAGAAAAUGAAACCACAAGUUUAAUUCUCACUAAGGAGAUUAAGCCUCUUAUCUCUACUGUCUUUGAGGGUAAAGAUGCUAAUGUAAUUGCACACGGAGCAAGAUGUAGCGGAAAAACACAUCUUGCUCAGGGGUCUGAGAAGGAACCUGGAUUAGCUGCCCUUACAAUGGGUGAGAUGUUAUCCAUGGCUGAGGAAAGUGGAUACUCGAUUCUCGCAUCGAUUUAUGAGGUUUGUCAUGAAACCGUGUAUGACAUCUCAGACCAAGAAAAGAGAGUGGUUUCUGUACUAGAAGGUGCACAAGGGAAAAUCCAACUAAAAGGACUUUCCAAGGUACAUGUGAAGUCACUCUCAGAGUUCAAAGAAUUAUAUUUCGGUCUAAAGAAAACUCAGAAGCUGACCGGUGACUCUCCUCUUCGGAGCCAUAGAGGUGUGAUGAUACAUGUAACGACUAGUAGCAACAUCAAUUCUGGAUCCAUUGGGAGGAUGAAUUUUCUUGAUAUGGCAGGAUAUGAGGACUCCAGAAAACAAAACACUGAUCUAGCUCCUCUAGAGAUUACCAGAAUCAAUAAGUCGAUAUAUUCUUUACAGAACGUCAUGUAUGCUCUCAACGCAAAUGAAUCUCACGUGCCAUAUCGGGAGAGCAAACUCACUCGCAUGCUGAAAGAUUGUUUACAAGGAUCCAACGAAACCUUGCUGAUCACUUGUCUGCCUCGGGAACUCAGCCAAGACUCGUUUUACAUGUUAAACUUAGCUUCACGUAUCUGCUUAGGCAAUAACCGAGCCAUGGCUAAUGCAACUAAGAAGAGCAAUGGUCCUCUAAGAUCUAUUUCAUCAUCAUAUGUCUCUCAAAGGAGACAAACACCUUUGACCGUGACUGUUUACUCUAAACAAAGGACAGAGCUAAGGGGAAACGCGAGUGAGAGAAAGAUUAAGCUCAAAACUUCCGCUUCUGCAAUUAAAGGAAGGAAAUUGUUUGGUGAAGCAAAUGGUUCGGUGAAAUCUAAAAAUAACACUAAGGAGAUGGAUAGCAAAGACAGAAUGGCAAUGAAAAAGGAAACUUCCACUUCAAAGGUGGUCUUAAACGUUGAAGCCUCCGCUUCAGAAGAAGUAAAUCCUUGCGAAAAUUCCGUCUCAACUCUUUCAAGUUUCAAUAAUCUUCAGGAAACACCUCGGAAACAUCAAGAAGAGUUUUCAGAAGCCAUUAAUUGCAUUGAUGUUAUUACAUGCAAAGCCCAAAUUGUUGAGAGAGAUGAAAACCGUUUAGACAUUGAAGAAGGUCUGACUCUGUUUAAUGAAGGUGAAAAUUUGGACAAAGAAAACACUAGUUUGCUAGCCAAUGAAAUUACAUCACCACCGCUCAGCUUGCGACUUCAAGAGCUAUCGAACAAUUUGAAGUCGAUAUGUAAUACCUUAAAUCAACCAUCAACACCUGAGAAGUACCCAACUCCACUGACUAAAUAUCCAGAGCAUGGAAAUAUUAUUGCUGAAGCUGAGCUGAGAACACCAGAGAGAAGUAUGCCUUUAAAUGUUGGUUGUAGUCCGUGGAAGACAUUCAGUGCACACAGCUCUAAACUGAAGAAUUCUGCAGUUGGAGAGUACCUCAAGUUCCUAAACACUGCAGAUAAGGAAGAUCUAAAGAAGCUAAAGGGCAUUGGAGAAAAGAGAGCGACUUACAUAGUGGACCUCCGCCAAGAAUCUCCUGAACCAUUUAAGAAACUUGAUGACUUGAAAGAUAUUGGACUCUCAGAAAAACAGAUUAAAGGAUUGCUAAGGAAAGAGAUUGGAGAGAUUUUCAAUUAGCUGAAAAAAAAGUCUCUUAUGGUCAAAGAAAAUGGGUCUGAAAAUAUCUGCUUACUGAACUAAGAGUUGGAAAGAUUCUGUCUAUGAUCGUUGAAUACUAAGUUAAGGUGUUAAGUGUGUCGGUGACAUUCUAUUGUCGGAUGGUGUUUGUGUUUCCGUGCAAUGACAAGUAUCAAAUUUCAAAUCAAUCUCCUUUUAUUAUA